CAGCGGCGGAGGACCGGAGCCCUCUCCGCUGUCCUGUGAUGAUGAACUGAGGAUGGUGGAGGGAACAGACGCCCCUCUGAGGAACAUUUCGACAGGAAACCGGGGCAGCAAGUACCUCUCUUUCCCCUGGAUGGUGACUUUACUCUCCAGUGUUCUCAUCACUACGAUUAUAGUAGAUGUUCUGGGCAACCUGUUGGUCAUUGUAUCGGUCUUCAGAAACAGAAAGCUCAGGAAGGCGGGUAAUGCCUUUGUGGUGAGUUUGGCGGUAGCAGAUCUGGUCGUGGCCAUCUACCCCUACCCGCUCGUCCUGACCGCCAUCUUCAAUGACCGCUGGAUCGCGGGUGAUAUUCACUGUCAGAUCAGCGGCUUCCUCAUGGGGCUCAGUGUGAUCGGCUCUAUUUUCAACAUCACAGGCAUCGCCAUCAACCGCUACUGUUACAUCUGCCACAGCCUCAAGUACGACAAGCUCUUCUCCAACAAGAACACAGUAUGCUAUGUGGUCCUGGUCUGGGCGCUGACUGUCCUGGCGAUCGUCCCAAACUGGUUUGUGGAGUCUCUGCAGUACGACCCACGUGUCUACUCAUGCACCUUCGCCCAAUCGGUGAGCUCGCUCUACACCAUCACGGUGGUGGUGGUGCACUUCAUUCUGCCCAUCGGCAUCGUCACGUACUGCUACCUGCGCAUCUGGAUCCUCGUCAUACAGGUGCGCAGACGGGUCAAGCCCGACAGUCGGCCCAAGAUCAAGCCUCAUGACUUAAGGAACUUUCUCACCAUGUUUGUGGUGUUUGUGUUGUUCGCCGUCUGCUGGGCUCCGUUGAACUUCAUAGGCCUGGCGGUGGCGAUCCACCCCAGACUCGGUCAAGCUAUACCCGAGUGGCUCUUCACUGCCAGCUACUUCAUGGCGUACUUCAACAGCUGCCUCAAUGGAGUUAUAUAUGGAGUGCUGAACCACAACUUCCGAAAAGAGUAUAAAAGGAUUAUACUUGCUAUUUUCAAGUUUAAUUGUUGAGUUUUCGGGAUGAGACGAGCACUGUGUUUUUCUUAAAAUUUGUAAGUUAUGCAAAGCAAUUGUAAUGAUGCAUCUUUUGUGAUUCGAAUGUUUUUAUUUGUCAUAGCAAAUAUGGACGUAUACUUUGAUUCCCUGUAUUUACAUCCUAAGAUUGGCACAAAAUGACAUGCGUUUGAACUUGAGUUCCUUGUUUACAUUGUCAUCUAUGUUGUCAUCUUAUUUAAAAAUGUAAUCGGCAUCUAAAUGUGGA